AUGGAGUUGAGCGGCAGACAGCCGCUUAUCGUCGCCGUCUCCAUCGUCCUGAUCGUCCUGUCGACCGUAUCGGUCGUGCUGCGGUUCUUCUCGCGCCAUAUGAUGGGCAACAAGCUGUGGUGGGAUGAUUGGUAUCCAGCUUCUGUCGUAUUCCUUGAAUAUUGUCCAGUUUGUCAGUCAGUAUCCCCAUCUGAAUCCUUUUAUAUAAGCUUCCAACUGAGCCGAGUCACAGGCGUGAAAUGCGGUCUGGGAAAGCAUACCAAGGAUGUCCCAAAGGAUGGACCGUCUUGUUUCCUCAGGGCCCUCUACGCAAUCGAACCGUUCUAUGGAGUCUGCAUGCCCGCCAUCAAGAUGACAAUGGUCCUCCUCUACUGGAGGCUGUUUAGCUCGAAUCGCAAAAUCUGCUAUGCUCUGUGGGUUGUCGCCGGGUUGCUCAUCGCGUGGACCAUCGCCACCGUCUUCACCGGCCUCUUCCAGUGUAAUCCUAUCGAUAAAUACUGGGAUGUGGAAAAGCCCGGCGACUGCCUCGACGGCUACGUCUAUUUCGUGACUAUCGCCUCUACCAAUCUCCUCACCGACAUCUUCAUUUUAAUCAUCCCCCUGCCCGUUUUGUGGACUCUCAAGAGGCCAUUAAGUGAGCGGCUGGCCUUGAUGGGGGUGUUCACGUUGGGUAUUUUCGUGUCUGCAGUGAGCAUAAUCCGGAUCGCUAGUCUCACUUCCCCCCGCAAUCCAGAUCCGAUGUGGGCAAGCGUCAGAGGCACGAUCUGGACGUCCGUAGAAACAAGCAUCGGCGUGGUCAGCGUGAACCUACCUGUGAUGAGCCCCCUAUUCCGCCGGUAUAUCCUCGGCCGAACGCUUCGAACGACUCGGACCGGCUGGACAUCCUAUGCGUCCGGCAGCAAUCGAGUGAAGAGCAGCGUCGUCAUUCGUUCGUCGCAGCCAAGGCAUUCUACAGAGAGCACGCGGCCAUUCGAGGCUGACGAAGCAGCAAACCCGCCCGGGAAUAAUAUCAUGGUCACGACGGAAGUCAACGUCAGGAGAGACUCACAACCGGAAACGGAGCUGGAUGACCUCGCAGCAGCCGACACCCAAGAGAAUCAUCGACAUCAGCCUUGGCGAGAACACUGA